AAAGGAGCUACCUUUGGUUUCAGUUCACUAUCUAUAGGGGAAGUAAGUAGAAUAAUGACUUAUGAAACAAGUUUGUUGAGCAUAAAUAUACACUUCUGUGGAAGCAACAGCUUUAGACGCAGGUCUAGCAAAUCAGUAAUCAAGGCCAAGAUGUGGUUGAUUGCUACUUUCCUCCUAUUGGGAAUAACACAGACACAUGCUGAAUAUCCUGCAUUGCAAGCUGUUCUGACACAGAAGGGAUUGCAAAAAGUAUCUCACUGGGUAACCGACUGGCUUCAGAAUGAACUGAGUAUAAUUACACUUCCAGAGAUCAAAGGGAGCUUCGAUAUUCUUUUCGGCUCCAUCCAAUACUCCCUGCAUGACAUGACCAUUGUACGCUGCGAUUUGCCAGAGCCCUCUGUAUCCUUUUCAGAAGGAACAGGUAUGUCUCUCAAAAUGCAGGGACUCUCCCUCGCCAUUACUGGUCGCUGGAACACUGACUUUGGCUUCAUACAUGAUGGUGGUUGGUUCGAAAUGGCUGUUUAUACCAUCAAUCUCAACGCAUUGUUGGAGUUUCAGGACACUGAAGAGCACCUUUCCAUUUCUACUGUCAUGUGUAACGCCGAUGUAGCAGCUAUUCAGUUAAAUUUCCAUGGUGGCGCAAGUUUUCUCUUCCAGAGAUUUGUAGAAAUGUUCAGAGGACAAGUUAAAAAUAUGGUGCAACAACGGAUAUGUCCAGAAUUUCAGAAAGGAAUUGAAACUAUUGACAUGUCCCUGGCUGCAUCUGAUGUGAUUCAGUUUGAUUCUUAUGUAUAUUUGAAUCUUUCGCUGACUGAUUCGCCUGUUGUGUUUGACAAUGGAUUUGAAUUACAUUCAAAGGGUGAAUUUUACAGUGCUAAAUCUCCUUCUGAGCCACCAUUUUCUCCCCACUAUUUUAAGCUGCCAUGGCAAGCAGAUUACAUGUUGUCAGUGGGUAUGUCUGAUUUCUGCAUUAACUCAGCAACAUAUGCCUAUCUUAAAUCUGGAGUACUGAGUAUCAACAUCACAGAUGGCAUGAUCCCCAAGACCUCGCCUAUUCACCUGAACACAAGCCAGUUUGGAUUCCUGAUUCCUAAGCUCCCCAAGUUGUAUCCAGACAUGGAGAUGGAAGUACUGCUGUAUGCCAGUGAUACCCCACUUAUUUCCUUUAAUCAAAAAGUGAUCACUGUGAACUUGUCUGCUGCAGGCAAAUUCAGUGCUAUCAAGACACCCACUAAUUUGAUCCCCCUCUUCAGACUGGAUAUGCAAUAUUCUUUUAGUGCUAAAGUCUGCAUCGACCAGCAGCUGCUGAAGGGUGUUUUGGAAAUGAAAAAUUUGACCAUGCUGCUUGGAUCGACAGAGAUCGGCGAAUUCGAAAUUGCACCAUUUGAGAAUUUGAUGAAGAAUGUAAUGAGCAGCAUUGUACUUCCAAAGCUGAAUGCCCAGCUGAAGGAAGGCAUUCCUUUGCCGAAUGUGAAGGGAUUCAGCUUGAAUAAUUCAGUGAUGACCAUUGAAAACGGAUUUUUGUUUCUUGCAGCAGACAUCAAUAGUCCCUUCCAGUACCUGAAAUCAGGCAAACUGUAACAACUGGACAUAUCUACAUAAUGAGAAAUAAUCACCAUCAUGACGAUAAAUAUUUGUGUGUCUGUCAUUACUGUUGCAGACAGAUUUCAUUAAUCAUUUGUAAAAUAAAAAUACACUGUCAAGUAAUCAUUUACUGUAUUUUGCUGUAUUGUAGUGUUGAUUCUAGAACAGAUAUUAUCUGAUUAUCUUAUCCAUCAAAUCAGCCUGUUUAUUCUUCAGUGUAUUUUUUAUGUUUAUGGACUGUUCAGACACAAGCUAGCCAUAAAUUGUUCUAUUAGUUUUCAA